GGAAAAUUAGAUGAGCCGAGAGUCGUUGGUCGCGGCUUCUUUUGAACUUCAGGUGGGACAAGAACUGAGCUUCGGAAGUCACAGCACCGGUUUUUAAUCUCCGCCAUGCCUCGCCUCCUCAACCCCUUCCCACGAGCCAUCUUCCGUCCUUCCCUUCCGCCAUGGCCGUCCAUCGUGGGUCCGAGCCUCUUCUUCUCCCCAGCCGCCACCCCAACAGAGCCGCUAGGCUCGCCAAAUCGCUCGCCAAGGGGACUCUCAAGCUCGCCAUGUGGACCCUCUUCCUCGCCUGGAUCGCCAUGUUCUUCGUCAUUCCCACCGAGGUCGGCACCGACUUUUACACCUACUGGGAGGACGCCACCAGCGGCACUCUCUACGGGACCCAAGGAAGCGUUUUGCUGCUGUACUGUGCACCCAUACUGUUGAUAGCUGUGCUUGCCGUGCCUUACCUUCUCCUUUCUGGAGGACAAGACGACGUUCUCACGGAAAAGAAGAGUCCAGGCCUCCGUCUAGGGACAUUCCCGGUGUUGGUGGACGGCGUGUUUGGGGUCGUGACAGCCGCCGAGUUCAUUGGCAUAGCCAUGUUCGUUGCGUUUGUGCUCUGGGCUGUUUAUUGGUACACCGUGGUGAACUUCGAAAUGUUGCCUAGUUAUGGCAAUCUAACCGCUUUCGAAAAGAGGGUUCAGAUGUUGCAAAUGUCAGCAUAUAUAUUCGGUUUGACUGCCUUGACGUGCUUGGCAUUUUUAUUUCUCCCAGUUGCCAGGGGAUCAAUUCUUCUUCGCCUAAUUGACAUCCCUUUUGAGCAUGCUACCAGAUAUCAUGUAUGGUUGGGGAAUCUCACCAUGUUCCUGCUGACUAUGCAUGGACUCUGCUACUUCAUUGUUUGGUUCAUUCGAGGCAUCGUAUUAAAAAGUAUAAUAGAGUGGAAAAGUGAUGGCGGUGCAAACUUCGCAGGCAUAAUCUGCUAUUGCUUUGGAUUUACCAUGUGGGUGACCACGCUUCCUCCAGUAAGAAAGAGAUUUUUUGAGCUCUUCUUCUACACUCAUCAACUCUACAUAAUCUUCGUAAUCUUCUUCGCUCUGCACGUUGGUGACACGUAUGUCAGCAAAGCAGCAGGAGGAAUUUUCCUGUUCAUGCUUGACCGGUUUCUAAGAUUCUGCCAGUCUCGAAAGGAUGUUGAUGUAAUUUCUGCAACGUCCUUUCCAUGUGGAUCAGUGAGCUUGGUCAUAUCCAAACCCAAGAAUCUACAGUACAAUGCUCUUGGUUUCAUCUUCCUGCGAGUGCGAGAAAUAUCUUGGCUCCAGUGGCAUCCCUUUAGUGUUUCAUCGAGUCCUCUUGAUGGCAGCCAUCAUCUUUCGGUCCUAAUAAAGUCCGUUGGGGAAUGGACGGGAAAGCUCGGAAAAAGUGUAUCUGACCUACUGGUUACUCAACGGCUGUAUGAACCCAAUGCUAGCAUUGUGGCUUCCGUGGAGGGACCUUACGGGCAUGAAUCUCCAUAUCACUUAACGUAUAAAAAGCUUAUUCUGGUAGCAGGAGGCAGUGGGAUAUCCCCUUUCUUUGCGAUUUUGAGUGAUGUUCUUCAUCGCGUUAGGGAUGAUAAACCUUGUCUUCCAAGAGACAUUUUGAUCAUCUGGGCAGUAAAAAGAUCGAACGAGAUUUCUCUUCUUUCGACCAUUGACAUGGAUUCUAUUUGUCCGUCUUCCUCAGAUAAAGUUAAUGUUGACAUCCGCGUGUAUGUCACUCGAGAAUCAGAACCUUCUUUGGAAGAGGGUAAAAUUGAGAAGCUUAUAUCCUUGAAUACAAGAUCAAGAGGAGGAAGCAUGUCAGUUUUGGUUGGUACAGGAAAUAAAAUAUGGUCUGGAGCUUAUGUUAUCGUCUCCAUUCUUGGCUUCCUGAUAACAUUGGCUUUGUUGGACGUGUGCUACCUAAACCCAUAUAGCAUUUCUGCAUGGUGGUAUAGAGGGAUUUUGUUUAUGGGAUGCAUGGUUGUUAGUGUCAUAAUUUUUGGGGGUGGUGUUAUCUACUUCUGGCAUCGGUUUGAAAAUGUGACUCCAACUGGGGAGGAAGACAGUGAAGAGAGUGAAAGGAUUGCCUGUACGCUGGAUCAAGAAACAGCACGAAACAAGCUUUGUGAAAAUACUAAUGUAUUCUAUGGUCACAGACCAGACUUCAAAGAAAUUUUUGGAUCGGUCUUGGAUUCCUGGGGUUGUGUGGAUGUUGGUGUAAUUGUGUGCGGUCCGCGAACUCUUCAAUCAAGUGUUGCAAAAGAAAUCAGGUCACAGGAUUUAAGAAGAAAGGGCAAUAGCCCUGUUUUCCAUUUUAACAGCCAUAGCUUUGAUUUGUAGCCUUCACCAUGAGAUCAUAUUAGUUUGGAACAUAACAAUAUUGGUAUGGGAGCUUUAUUUACGGGUCCAAAUAGGUGUCCAAUAAGAAGCUUAUUCUCAACUGGCAGCAUCUUUAAUCUACACCUCGCUCUAUACAUAACGCUGCAAUUUGCCGA